CCACUCUAACACUCAGUCAGCUGUGAGAUUAGUCACUCCACCACUGUACUGCCUGCUGACUGACUGCACACCGACUGGAGCAGACCACUGAGGCACCGCAGAGAAGGAACAUGAGUGAUAACACCCAGGACGAAGAGGUGCUGAAGCAGAUUGAGAGGGAGGUGCGGAUGCGGGAGGGGGCCAGUAAGCUACUGGCAGCUUGUACCAGGAGAGAGCAGGCCCUGGAGGCCUCCAAGAGCCUGCUAACCUGCAAUGCUCGCAUUCUGGCCUUGCUCAGCCAACUGCAGAAGAUGAGGAAAGCUCAGAUUCUACAGAGAGUGGGACACAGGCCAUCUGAAGAUGUUAUGCCAUGUUCGGGAAAAGUAUCCCUUUCAGACUUGCGAAUUCCGCUGAUGUGGAAAGACUCAGAGUACUUCAAAAACAAAGGAGAGCUGCAGCGCUGUGCUGUGUUUUGCCUGCUUCAGUGUGGCACAGAGAUCCAUGACACUGAUCUGGUGAUGGUAGACAGGACUUUAACUGACAUCUGUUUUGAAGACAUCCUCACGUUCAAUGAGGUAGGUCCAGAGUUUCAGCUUCGUGUUGAGCUGUACAGCAGUUGUGCAGUGGAGGAUUUCUCCCCGGGGGCUCUAGGACCCAGGAGAGGGAGCCGUCUUGGGGGCUCAGUGGGAUGCUCCUCAGGGAAAAAGAUCCGUGCUGCGUUUGAGUCUGCUGCUGUUUGUGGGUCCAGUGGAGGAAAUGUAGGAUCUGGAAGUGUGUCGCCGCCCUCGUCCCCUAACCUGUCUACACUGGGGCCUAAGUUUAACCUGCUGGCUCAUACAACACUGAGAAUCCAACAUGUCCAGGAAGGUUUUAAGACCCAUGAUUUGUCACUAGCAGCAACAGAAGAUAAUCCAUUCUGGUUGCCUCUGUAUGGCAAUAUGUGCUGCCGUCUAGUAGCUCAGCCUCUGUGCAUGAUUCAGCCAAUCAUAAAUGGCCAACUUAAGGUUAAGCUUGGAGAGGACCUUAAUUGUUGGGAAAAUGCUUACGGCGUCCUCAGGGGCCACAGUCUCCUCUGCUAUCAGAGUCAAGAGGACCUGGAGUCUGAGGACAAGACAUUUGUUGUUAUCCCCAUCAAAAAGGAUACUCUUGUCUGUGUGUCAGAGAGAGACCCUGUCCAUUGCCAGAAUAUAUACAUCAGCACACAGUGUCAAGGAGAAGAUGUAACCUACACGCUGGCCACGCACACACCUGAAGACACGCAGCGCUGGACCAAGGCCAUCUGGCAGCACGUCUUUAACAUGAGUGAGGCCUGAAUGAACAAAACUAAGCACUUUUGCAGUCCUGUCUCAAACACUAGCUACUGUACUAGCAAAGCUGGUGAGGCAAUAUUGCAGCAGCCUGAGGACAGGAUUUAGGUUUCCCAGUGAAACAUUACAAGGAGGUUUUGUUUGCCCUGUGUUCUCUCUAUGAAAUCACGUGAAUUUAGGCCAUGGGCCAAGAAAGAAGAGACUGCUUAAGUGUCACUCUUAAUUAGUAAAACCUUCAGCAAACCGUGAGUUUUAUUUGCACUGCUUACUAUCACAGCAUUUGCACAUAAUCAACACCUUUUUUGUUACUAGAAAGCACUCAGAGUUUAAGGUUGCAUAGUCUUCUACAUGUGUUACUAUUAUAACCAGUCGUGACAACACCUCAAUGGCCACUAUUGUUCUUUCCUUGUGUGUGUGUCAUCAUAUCAAAAUAUGAUCUUAGUAACACCUAUUGUGGUGGGAUAGAAACGGGUUUAAGUAUUUUGCCAGGUGUCUGUCUGUCUGUCUGUCUGUCUGUCUGUCUGUGGACAGAUUUUGUCAAUGCGAUAACAGCAACUGUGCAACUAGCUGUGUAGUUGAGAUCAAAAUUGAAGGCUAAGUUCGAAUAUGGGUGUGGUCUGAGCAAGGGGGCAGAAAUAGGUUGGUAAGAAGUAGAGGCAAUGCCCCCUCAUUUUAUGCCAAUAGCACACCAAAUUUUACAGCUGUGUUGCAGUUUUGGCCUUAUUUUCCCCCUUUUUAAUUUUUUCAAAAACACAUUUUUGACAUCUCCUAAACCAUAGGUCUGAUUUAUACUGAUUUUUUUGUGGAUCAUCAUCUGACCAAGCUUAUCAAACGUUAUCAAAAGCCUGUUGAUUUCUUAUUGCGUGUUUAAGGCAUUGACCAAUGUACUGUAGAGGGGUGUAGCUCAGCACAAAAAUAGACUGUUACGCCAAUUACCAAAAAACUUGAAGGACAUGUCAACGUAAGUACAACCAACACACCUUGAAAGUUUCAUUUAAAUCUACCACUAGAGGGCACAACAUAUCCAAAAUAGGUCUGGCAUAACACACAUGAGACUACAAAUUAGAAAUAGUUUGUCCAAUCAUCACAAGAACUAAAUAUAUGUCAAAUAAUAAUAAUGUUGAAGCGAGUAUGUAAAAUUCUUUUCUAAAUCUGUCAACAGGGGGCGCUGCAAAGCAAUUUUAAUUUUUUAAUUUGAAAAGCAUAUUUUUGAUAUCUCCUCCCAAACUGUAGGUCUGGUUUGUGCCAGAUUUUCUGUGGAUCAUCAUUUGCUUAUCAAAAGUUCUAAAAAGCUUGUUGAUGUCUCACAGCAUUUUGCAGCUACUGAGCAAUAAAUCUUAGAGGGGGCAUGGCUCAGCACAAAAAUAGACCUAACUCCAUAACCAUUGAGCCAAUCAUCACAAAACUUGCAGGAUAUGUCCACAUAUGUACUUGCAACAUGCCCUGAAAGUUCCAUUCAAAUCUCUACAAGGGGGCACCACAAAGGUGUGGAAUAACACAAAUCAUAAUUCAAUAAUUACAAAAUUUGCAUGAUACAUUAAAUGAUUAUUUUUGAAACACAUGUAAAUUAUUUUGAAAUUGCUUAAUGGGGCAGCCACCAGUUGUAAAGGAGUGCACUGGCCUUUUGUAAUAUUUGGCCAUAUAUAAAUGACAGUUUGUCCAAACAUCACCAAAUUGGAUUUAUACUUUUAACUUAGCCAUCGACGCUUGUCCAAAACAGGAAGCAACAGUGAUGCCAAAGAAGCGUCUGUCUGAUCAUCAUAUAAGUUAUUGGUUUUCUUGAAUGCAGGGGUCAUAAACUGUCAGAGGUUU